CUUUUGUGUGGUUUGCCUACCCAUAAUUCCGUUCGAGCAUUUCCAACAUGGCGUCAUAAAGAUGUUGUUGUUGAAGAUAGCUAACAGCUUUAAAAACAGAUAUAUAACCUGCUGCGAUAGAGACCAGCUCAGUUUUCCUGAAGUGUCAUCCAGUAGUUACUGGGAUGGCCUAUCAGCAGUCUUUCUACCGUCAGAGUAGAAACCAGGAUUACGACAGCAGUAAUAGUGAAUCAGAUUACUCUGAAACAGACGACAAGAAACGAACUUGUAUUAAACGCACCAGCUCUUUGGGCCCUCCAAGGUCAAAACCGUGCCUGGUCAAUCGUCUACGUGCCAUGAGUAUGGAGGGAGAGGGAGGUGGUCGUGGUGGGGCUGGUCACCGCAACCAUGAUUUAAGUUUACUAGAGGCAUGCCCUGGGGGUGAGGAGUGCUGUGAGCAAAGACUGGGCUCAUCCUGCGGGGCAGUGUCUGGGACCAGCAGCAAGGUUAAAGGCCGUGUCACUUUAGUGGUUGAUGAGACACGCUUUAUUGUGGACAUGGACAUGUUGAAGACACCCAAUACCAUGCUGGGCAGAAUGUUCACGUCCUCUCUUGAGUUGAAUGUGCCGAAUGAGAGAGGAGAGUAUGAGGUGGCUGAAGGCAUGUCCUCUCAGGUCUUCCGCUCCAUUCUGGAGUUUUACCGCACGGGUGUGGUCAGAUGUCCCCCCAGUGUGUCUGUCCAGGAGCUCAGGGAAGCCUGCGAUUACCUGCUGAUACCUUUUGAUGCUUCCACUGUUAAAUGUCAGAAUUUGCGUGGUUUAUUACAUGAGUUGUCAAAUGAGGGGGCUCGUCAGCAGUUUGAGAGGUACCUAGAAGAUCAGAUCCUGCCUCAGAUGGUCUCUUGUGCCCAGCGUGGAGAUCGUGAAUGUCACUUAGUGGUGCUUGUUGAUGAUGAUAUUGUGGAAUGGGACGAGGAGUACCCACCCCCUAUGGGAGAAGAGUAUUCACUGAUUAUCUACAACACGCACAUGUACAGAUUCUUCAAGUACAUUGAAAAUCGAGAUGUUGCCAAGCAAGUCCUCAAAGAGCGAGGACUGAAGAAAAUACGCCUAGGCAUUGAAGGUUACCCAACUUACAAAGAGAAGAUAAAAAAGAGGCCAGGUGGCCGUGCUGAAGUAAUUUACAAUUACGUUCAGCGACCUUUCCUGCACAUGUCCUGGGAAAAGGAAGAGGCCAAAAGUCGCCAUGUUGACUUCCAGUGUGUGAAGAGCAAGUCUAUCACUAACCUAGCUGCGGCGGCUGCUGAUACCCCUAUGGAUCAGAACCUCGUGCAACAGCAGGCCAUGAAUGGAGGAGAUAUCAUUCCUCCCCAGCCCUCCCCGUCAGAGCCCUACCCCGGGGUACAGCUACCCAUGCCCCCAGAGGGGGACUGAAAGUCUGCCCUCCUAAUGUUCAUUGUUUGUUUUGUAAAGGCGCCAUGUAAGAAAUGGGGCCGCUAACAGUCUUUAGCACACCCACAGCUUCCAAAUACCUGUGUGUAAAAUUGCUCCUAAUUGAUUUCAAAAGUCAGAUUUAUUAAUUUAAUGUCUUAUUAUAUCUAUCAUUGCCAUAUUUGUGUAGCCAGUUCAGGAUUGAAGCAUAAUACUGCAGAAGCUUGUGGCUCUUCUGGUGUCACCUGAUCACCUAUCUUGUGGGUGGUUCCGUGACAAAACUGGGUGGUGUCACAGAAGUAAACCACUGUUUCCACCAGAACAGGUAUUCCACACGUAUCCAUUAUUGUACUAUGCAAUAUUACUUCCUCUAAGACUGAAGAGGUGUACUGUGAAAUUUUAGCUGAGGUAUCUGUAUCCAGAUGCAGCCAACUGUAUUGUAUGCUGACUUUAUAUCCAAACAUUGGAGUAAAUAUAUAUAUAAUGUAUAUGAUGAUGAUGAUGAUGAUGAUGACAUUGGUGCCUAUGAUUGUAUUAACCCCUACGCAACUGGUUAUGUGCAAAUGUUUGUGUGAUGAUGUUCCAGCACUGUAGUGUGUGAUGUAUUCAAUUUGUCCUCAUUGUGAUGUUUUUGAUGAACAAGUAUUCAAUUUUGUUAAUGAAGAGUCUUCCGUGCCAUUGGAUCACCUGGAACGAUAAGUCUUUAUCCUUCAAGGCCAUAAUGGUCUUGAGGAAUUUAACGCCAUGGCUUUUGAAUUGUUGUUAUCAGUCUUUAUUAUUAUUAUUAUUCUUUUUUUGACAUUGUGAGCUUAUGUCCAAACACAAGAAAGCUGUUGUAUGAAUAUGAACAUGAAAAAUAGUUUUCUACAUUGCCAUUACUAAUUUGAAGAUAAUUGCAAGAGAAAUGCAUCGAUAUGUAAAUUGUAUAACUCAGUACUAAAGGUGGCUCUCUUAUCUUAUAAAAAAAGUUAUUACAACUGUGCGUGAAAGCUGCCAGUAAUGUAUAUUUUACUUACCAAAGUGCUAUUUCUUUGUGGGGGACCAUUUCACUCCGUCAGUUUUGGAUUGUUCUGUUGUGUGUCUGUCUCUCUAUGCUGUGCAUUACUCUACUAUACAUAUAAGAACUCUCCUGGUACAGGCUUUCCUGAUUUUCAUUUGUAAUAAUUUAAUUUCCUUUUUGGGUGUUUGUUUUAUGUGAAAUAGUUUUUUUUUUAUGUAUGUUUUGGUUCGCAUUCUGUUUGUGAAAUUUCCUGUUGAUAACUUGGGGACACCAGUAAAUGGGUGUUAUAUAUUUAUAUAUAAUUGACCUAGGACAGUUUUAAUUUGUUGAAUUGAAAAUACGGAUCACCAUAGAGUACUGUACUGUAUAUCUUUUUACACUGCUGAGGUCUAGGCUGUUUACCAUUGGUAUAUGUGAUGUUCACAUCUGAAAAGAUUUGUUACACAUUGUUCCUCUAUAAACUGCAUAGAGUUGUAUGGUAAAUUCCUAGCAAUCAGCUGCAGAAGAGUUAACUUAACGUGUACUGAUUAAGAGACCUUAUAAUUUUUCUGUGGUAAUAAUUAAGGCAAGUCCUAUGUGCAUUCUCACUGUUUUCUAACAACUUUAAAUAUAAUUGUUAGGCUGUACUCUUUCAGAAAAAGCCUAUCUCUUGUAGUACGUGUUAUGCAGGUAUUGCUCACUAUGUGCCAGUGUUUCCCAUACACUGGGUGUUCUCUAACGGCGCUCAACCAUGUUAAAAGGUUAUUCUAAUUUUGCAACCGUUGUCACAGACAAAUAAAAAGGCUGGUA